AUGUACCCCUCCCACCAACACUCCCUCUCCGAUGCCGGACCCACCACCGUCUCGAAUCGCGUCCCGCUCAUAUUCAGACGGUUGCACCGUUUCCAGCAGAUGGACUUCGAGCUGGCGUUCUGGCAGCUCACGUAUCUGUGUUUGGCGCCGCGACGCGUAUACAAAAACGUGUAUUAUCAUAAACAGACGAAGAAUACAUGGGCAAGGGAUGAUCCGGCAAUACUGGUACUGCUGCUCGGCGCUCUGGUCGGUGCUUCUGUCGGCUGGUCCAUCGCAUACUCCCUAGCACCACUGGACGCACUUCGGGUAGUCCUGCUCAUGAUCGUACGAGAUUACCUCUUAGUGGGUGCGCUCAUGGCCACAAUUGUAUGGUUUUUUGCCAAUCGCGUCCUCGUCUCGCCUUCGAACCACUCCUCACCGACCGACUCGUCCGUCGAGUGGGCAUACGCCUUCGACGUGCACACCAACGCCUUCUUCCCCUUCUACCUCACACUCUAUAUCGCGCAGCUGCUGCUGCUCCCCGUCGUUCUCAGGGACAACUGGGUGUGCCUGUGGGUGGGUAACACACUGUACCUCGUCGGGUUCGCGCAGUAUGUGUAUGGGAUCUAUCUGGGGCUUAAUGCUCUCCCGUUCCUGAUUCGGACGGAAAUCCUGCUUUCCCCGCUCCUCCCGCUCUUCGCGAGCUACGUGCUCUCCUUGCUGGGGUUCAACGUCGCGAAAAACGCCCUCCACGCGUACUUUGGCUCAUAA